AUGAACCAGAGAGAGAAGAGCAGUGAUGAGUUCCGUCAAAAGCUGAUUCCUCAGCUUAAGGGGAAAUUAUGGUUUUGCUUGGAACAUCAGGUAAAAAACGAGCUGCCGCCUGGUGUAAACUACUCUCCAAAGUUUAUAAAUGCAUUAGUAGAAUUGACCUUUACGCAAUUGGUAGAGUUGGGGGGUGAUUUGGAGGCUUUCGCAAGACACGCUGGUCGCGAGACAAUCGUGGUGGAAGAUUUGAUGCUGAUGCUUCGAAAAUCGCCUGAAUUGCAGUCGCUGCUGCGACAGAAACUAGAAAAAGAGGUAGGAGCGUCAGGAGCGUCAGGAGCGUCAACAACGGCCAGAUCAAGUAAAAGGUGA